AUGGCCUUAAGCAAUGACGAACUUGCCUGUGUUUAUGCAGCACUUAUCUUAGCUGAUGAUAAUAUUGAUGUCAAAGGCGAUAAAAUUACAGCAAUAUUAAAAGCUGCUAAUUAUGAAAUCGAUUCAUAUUGGCCUAGUCUUUUCGCUAGUGCAGUAGAAGGUGUUAAAAUAACAGAUCUACUUAAAAGUUUUGGUUCAGCUCCAGCAGCUGGUGCUGUUGCUGCACCGGCUGCUGCAACAACAGCUGCUGCUGAUGAUAAGAAAGCUGCUGGUGGAAAAGAAGCUCCCAAGAAAGAAGAAAAGAAACCUGAAAAAGAAGAAUCGGAAGACGAAGAAAUGGGCUUCGGUUUAUUCGAUUAG